UGCAGCAGCAGCCCCCAGCCCCGUAAUGGGCAACAUGCCCCCCAAUGACGGCAUGCCGAGCGGACCAAUGCCCCCUGGUUUCUUUCAGGGGCCUCCCGGCUCGCAGCCAUCACCACACGCACAGCCUCCCCCCCACAAUACUAGCAACCCCAUGAUGGGACCCCACGGCCAGCCUUUUAUGUCUCCACGGUACCCUGGUGGACCUCGGCCGUCUCUUCGCAUGCCAAAUCAGCCUCCGGUAGGGGUUCCAGGUUCACAACCACUCCUGCCAAACAGUUUGGACCCAACCAGACCACAAGGACAUCCUAACAUGGGUGGUCCAAUGAGAAUGAAUCCUCCCAGGGGGAUGGGUGGCAUGGGCCCUCAGAACUACGGAGGUAUGAGGCCUCCUCCAAACUCUCUAGGUGGUCCAGGCAUGCCCGGAAUGAACAUGGGUCCUGGAGGACGUGGCCCCUGGCCAAACCCGAGUGCUAACUCGAUAGCAUACUCCUCCUCAUCUCCAGGCAACUACGUGGGUCCUCCAGGAGGAGGUGGUCCACCAGGAACUCCCAUAAUGCCAAGCCCAGGAGACUCCACAAACUCCAGUGAAAAUAUCUACACAAUGAUGAACCCUAUUGGACCAGGAGGAAACAGACCCAGUUUCCCCAUGGGUCCUGGUCCAGAUGGCCCAAUGGGCGGCAUGGGUGGCAUGGAACCUCAUCAUAUCAACGGAUCAUUAGGCUCUGGUGACAUGGAUGGGUUGCCAAAGAACUCCCCCAACAACAUGGCAGGGAUGAACAACCCACCAGGCACACCACGGGAUGAUGGAGAAAUGGGAGGAAACUUCCUCAACCCAUUCCAAAGUGAAAGUCCUUCUGGGAUGCCCCACGAGCAGAUGACUCACAUGAAAGUGGCCCAUCCCAGCUUGUGCAAAAUGGCCACCGGCAACAGGAAACAGUCCCAGAGCCACAGGAAGAGCUUGUUGACUGAAUCUCCCUGCCUCCCGGACUUCCUCUCUGGUUCAGGACACUAACGGGGCUGAACACACACAGGAAGGCAGGUGUGUGUAUGUGUUUGAGCAGACACACGCAUCCCCGGGCUGCUCACUUUUUGAUCUUUAUGAACUCACUCCACUUUUUUGAUUCAUUUUUUAAAUCUUGAAUGGAUGCAGUCGUUUUUACAGUGGAAAAUAUCUGCACCUUUUUCCUCCAUUAAAUUGUGUAAAUGCAAGAGGAAGCUCAUUAUGAUGGGUUCGGCAAUGAACGUUUUCAUUAUUCUGUGUAUGUAUUGUAUUAUUAUCAAUUGUUGAUUUUAUUUUUAUUAAUAUUGUAUUGAUGGUUAUUGAUUAGGUUUGAAUCUUUUUUUGAAAGGGGCACAUUAUAUGUAAACCACGAAUUCGACAGGAAAAAGCACACAUCCAUAAUGCACAAUAACAGUGUCGUGACUUUUGCAAGAAGUCUACACUACGUUUUGUGUUUGCUGUGAAAUCUUACCUCCCGCAGAUUAAAAAGGUAGCCGUACCUUUUCUUCUACGUCUCUAAUAUAUACAGGAAAUGUAGUUUCAUUGUCCCUGUCAAGUGAACGUCUGAGGCCAAGAAGCGCAAGGCCCAAACCAGCAGCGACUUUAACCUCUCAGACCAGCCUGUGUGUCCGACAACGCGUUUUGGAGUCUUAUCUGUAGAGAGGAAGUGAAGUCAUAACAGAGCUGAAAACAUGCGGUCAAACAACUAACUAGCGCUGAACUUGACUCCAACACACAUGACAGAUAUCUGCUCACCGUGAUUCACAACUUAUUUAUUUGUUGUUUUUGUUCAAGAAUUGAUUUAUCGCGCACACGUCUCGCAUGCGACCCGUCAGGACAUAUUGUACACAUGUAAAUAUGCCAGUCUAAGAUACCUCCUGAAGAUUUGUAUCAUUCUGUCCCUAGCCAGAGACCCACAUGCUUUCCUUCUGCAUGAAUCUGAACAGGGUGUCUCUAGUCACAUGACAUUUCAGUACAAAUUAGGUUCCUGUUGACUUGGUGCUCAUCAUACUGGAUAUUUUUCAGGCGCGGGAAUAGAGCCUUCCUCCUCAAACACAUUUUGUGUUAAGUAUGUGUUCCAUAUUAUGUCUAAUCAUCUUCAAAAACAUGAGAUGUCAGUCACAUCCUGAGCUUAUGAGAUGAGGGGAUAAUAAUAGGACGUCCAGGGACUACUGAAUGAGGGAUAUAUGAACUAAAUGUGCUCACAGACUGUGUUUCAUAAUAUUGGCAUGCAUUUUUUUUUCGUUUUGUCUUUUGCAUUUGGUGUAUAUUCUGUCUGUCUUUUAAAGGGAUAGUCCACCCCAAAAUGAAAAUUCUGUCAUUAUUUACUUAUGUUCUUUUUUCUAACUAAAGACUUUCGAUUGCCAUUGACUUCCAUUGUAAUUUUUGUCUAUACAAUGAAAGUCGAAGGAAAGUGAAACUUUUUGGUUAUUCUUCAGAAUUUCUGUAUUGUUAUUCUGUAUCUUCAGUCUAUUUUGUUAAAGAAGAUAUUUUGAAGAAUGUUAGUAACUAAACUGUUUGGGUUCCCAUUGACUUCCAUUG